UCAUCCGUAUAAAUCACACCUCGAUCUACUCCUACUCAUCACUACAAACAGGUAGUAAGAAGAGCAGAAAUGGGAGCCUUGGGACAGCCAAGGCCUUCUUGGCUCAUUACAAUGUUUUAUUGUUUGGCAUUUUGCUUCUUAGCUAGUACUACUGUUCUUGCUAACAAUCCUUACACUUAUUCUUCACCACCACCUCCUCACCAUGCCCCUGAAUACCCUCCUCCCAAGUAUCAAUCACCACCACCAAAAUAUCCUGAGCACCCUCCACACCAUUACAAGUCACCACCACCCCCGCCACCACCGAAGCAUGUGAUACAUCCUCCGUAUCACUACAAGUCUCCCCCGCCACCCUCACAUUCACCUCCACCUCCUUAUGUCUACAAAUCUCCACCACCCCCAUCACCUUCACCGCCACCUCCAUAUGUAUACAAGUCUCCACCACCUCCAUCACCUUCACCUUCUCCUCCCUAUGUCUACAAGUCUCCUCCACCCCCAUCACCUUCACCGCCACCUCCUUAUGUCUACAAGUCUCCUCCACCCCCUUCACCUUCACCGCCACCUCCCUAUGUCUACAAGUCUCCACCACCCCCAUCACCAUCACCACCACCGCCUUAUGUCUAUAAAUCACCGCCACCACCCUCACCGUCACCUCCACCUCCUUAUGUUUACAAGUCUCCACCACCCCCAUCACCUUCACCUCCACCUCCUUAUGUUUAUAAGUCUCCACCCCCACCAUCACCAUCACCGCCUCCACCAUAUGUCUACAAGUCCCCACCUCCUCCUUCUCCAUCACCACCUCCACCAUAUGUUUACAAGUCCCCACCUCCCCCUUCUCCAUCACCACCUCCUCCAUACGUCUACAAGUCACCACCACCACCUUCACCAUCAUCUCCUCCACCGUACCACUACAAAUCACCACCACCCCCAUCACCGUCACCUCCACCUCCUUAUGUGUACAAGUCUCCACCUCCACCUUCCCCAUCACCACCACCUCCAUAUGUCUACAAGUCUCCACCUCCACCAUCUCCUUCACCUCCCCCUCCUUAUAUCUACAAGUCACCACCUCCGCCAUCUUACUCCCCACCUCCAUAUUACUAUAAGUCACCUCCACCUCCGAAACACUACUAAGUUGUUGCAGGCAACAACUUGUAUCAGCUUGAAUAAGUACUUCGCUUGGCUACCAUUUUUGUUUUUUUAGAUUCAUCUAUAUAAAGAAACAAAGAUCUGUUUGUGAAUAAUAGGGGUCUUGGGAACCCUUAUGUUGUAACGACUCAUUGUAUCAAAUUUUAAAGAAAUGAAAGCGAAGAACAGGACUCAUUUUUCUAUUUA